CCCUUUCAUUCAUGCUAAUGAUAUUCUAAUAGACAGCUGUAUGCAGUUGUAGUAAGAGCAUGCGCAGUGCGUUCCAAGAAUACGGCGAAGAUUCAAAGUUUUUGUUCAAUUACUGCCAUAACCAACCAACAAACGUAAUAUGUUUGGCUUUCACAAGUCAAAGAUCUACCGGAGUAACGAAGGCUGUUGCAUCUGCAAGACCAAGUCCUCCAGCUCACGCUUCACAGACAGCAGUCGAUAUGAAGAGACAUUCGAGCUCUGUUUUGGGCUGUCAGAAGAUCGUGUUGGAGACAUUUGCAAUGCCUGUGUGUUGCUGGUGAAGAGGUGGAAGAAGUUACCAAAUGGCUCCAAGAAAAACUGGAAUCAUGUGGUGGAUGCAAGAGCUGGACCAGGCUUCAAGAUGACUAAACCCAAGAAGAUCAAGAACAGUGAUGGGAAGAAGAAAAGCAAGCUAAAGAAGCUCCACAAGUUAAAGAGACUAACCGACUCAGAUGCACUCAGCACCACCUCCAGUGUGUCUCCUGCCCAGUCCCCCAGUUACAGCAACCUAUCGGAUGACGGCUCAGACAUCGAGUCCAAACAGAGACGCCCCUCUCCGUCCAGCUUCUCUUUUCUGGACCGUUCCUACUGGAAAAGGCAAAAGGUGUGCUGUGGGAUUGUCUAUAAGGGGCGGUUUGGAGAGGUGAUCAUUGAUCCUCGUCUCUUCAAACCCUGCUGCAGUUCCAAAAAACUGGCAUCCACGCAAGUGGCUGCACACCUUCCAGACACACUUCCUCCACAACUGCCAGAAGUCAUCAAAGAAACCUGGUGAAUGCUUUUGUUGAAUCCCCCUGUAGGGGUAUCCAUGGCAUCCUCCUGGAUUUGUCUCCAGUGGCAGACCUCCUAAUUUCCACUCUCCCAACUAGAUUAGUUAUUUAGAUAUUUCUUUUCUAUGUAUUGUUCCUUUUUUAUAUGGGUAUUUUUUAACUUUUGUAUAGAGUUGAUUUCUUUUCUUUUUUUAUAGAAAGCAAAAAGCAAAAAAAAAACGUACACGGGCAUUAGUGUUAUUUAUAGGCUGCGGAAGCAAAUUGUGUCAAGGCUCCUUUUUUGAUUCAAAUUGUUUUUGGAUAUUUUGUAUUAAAUGAUCAAUGUUUUGUAAAUACUUUGUCAACUUUUCAUACAUAUCAAGACUGUUUUAUUAUUUUUCAUAAUUUGUCUGAUUGUCGGUGUGUAUAUGAAAGCCACCAGCUCUUCUAAUACCAGCUUUUUUGUCUAUGUCGAAGUGGCUCUUCAACAUGUUGCUGCAACGUUUUGUUUUAUCUGUUUGUUCCAUAUGGGCGAAUGUGUGAGUCUGUAGAAUUUUUAGUGCACAAAAAAACGGUUUGUUAGCCAAGGGAUAAUGAUUACAACAGUCCUCUAUGAAUUUAAUUAGGUUUUAAUGUCUGUGUGUAUAGAUGAGAACACUUUGACAUUGUCACAUCUUGAGCAUGCUACAAGUUUGAAACACUCUGUUUUGAUUUUUCAUCAAUUGCUGCACAUCGACUCGGAUAGAUGUGGUUAGAUCAUGCAUGCAGUACAUUCCUCCGCCCUUUGAAAUGACGAAAGUAAUUUAUUUAUUUCUUUUGUAAAGCCUCCAAUGAAAUGAAAAUGCAUGUUGUAAAACAAAUGUUUAAAAAAAACAAAUGGAUUUUGUAAAUACACAGUAUUUUGGCUUCUGGUACAACCAAACUUUUUUUCAACUACAGGAAUAGCAAAUCACUACUUCCUUGAGAAAAAAAAAUUAAAAAAAGUACUUUACACUUAACCAGAUAUUGGGGUUUAUCUCAUCCCAUCUCAUUUUGUCAGACAUAUUUCUGUAAAGGUUUUCAAAGCUGUAGCCUAUGCUCUUCAGAAUUAUGUGUAAACUGCAGGGAACAGUAUAUUUAAUCGCAGCAUCAGGGAGCUGCAAUAAUCCUUUUGUUUGAUUUCUAAUGGCAUGCAACGGUCAGAAACUGAACCUUUGUUUAUGUUAGAGAAAAUGUGAUUGCCAUUUAUGUGAUUUAUCUUCAGAAGCAAUUGUCAAAGUUCAAACUAUGCAGACAUUUUGAAUGUGAGAAGUGCUCUGGGGCGGUCUAUCACACCUGCUAUUACAGUAUAAAGUGAUAGAUCCUUAUUCAACCAAAUUGACUUGUGAACAGCAUCCAUUAUUUCAGCAAUAUUUAACAUUUUUCUAAUCAAAAUUCACAAUUGUCUCAAGAUAUUUCUUUUGUAUGUCAUGUAAAAAAUAAUGCUCAGUUUAAGCCAUUGUGCAUACUGUCUGAAUUUCAUACUGUAAAGUCACGGUUUCAGUUAGCUUUUUUUGCAUUAAUGUAAGCAAUACCAACUUCAUGAAUUGACAGGCAAUGCUCUGUAAAGUUGCUUAAUAUAUAAACUUUUCUGUGGCAGGGUAGUUAAAUGCUGAACAUGUUUUAUGAUUAUAAUAAAAAGGAGAAGUGCUGCUCCCUUUUAAA